AUGAGUCGCAGAGACGACGAGGAGAGAGGAAGAUCGGUAACAAGGAACCCUACAGAUCUCUCAGCGUUUUAUAGGGAGAGAUUUGGCAGUCAUUCCCCAGAAGAGUACAUGAAUUUGCGUAUUUCUGGGUUUGACGAUCGUUUGGAAAGAGAGGAAAUUAAAGAGAUUCUAACUAAUGAAUUUCGUAAAUUUUCGCCGUUCGAGAUUAAAGUAGUUAGAAAUCCUGGAGAUGAUGAACGUCUUGCUUACGUCAACUUCGAGAAAAGAGAUUGUGCAAGAAAAAUUAGAUAUAAUCUGAUGGAAAGAUUGAAAAAGUCUUUGGGGAAGCAUGUUCUUUGCGAUCCUGCAGGCAUUUUACGAGACCAAGAGGGCAAGUACAUUCCCGAUCGGUUUAAUAGAGCCCUACAGAAUGAUCGCAAUGGUAAUACUAGACGAUCACCUGAAAGACGCAAUAGUAGUCGUCCUAAAGAACCGCCAACUUGGAGAUUGAAACAAGAUGACUCGGAUGCUACCAGAACAUUGUUUGUUGGAAAUAUGCCAGCUGACAUAACCGAGAGUGAAAUAAGAAAAGUGUUCGGUCGUUACGGGAAAAUAGAAGAUAUUGAUAUAAAAACUCCUGCUAAUACAGAUGCUGCCUAUGCUUUUGUUAUGUUCCAGAGCUUGGAGCAGGCUAUGGAUGCUAAGCAUGGUGAGCACGAUCGUUCCAUUCGUCAUGGUUGUGCUCGAUGCAAAAUUGGAUAUGGAAAGAGCCAGGCUUCACGGAGGCUAUGGAUCGGUAGUUUGGGUCCAUGGGCGUCAGCUGAAAUGCUAUCUAAAGAGUUUGAUAGAUAUGGAACAAUAGAGAAAAUCGACUAUGAAGAAGGCGCAGACAUGGCUUACAUACGUUAUGCUGGAAUUAGUUCAGCUCAAGAUGCUUGUAAAGCUAUGAAAAAUUUUCCGUUAGGUGGACGUGAUCGUUGUAUAAUGAUUGAUUAUGCAAAGGAUGAUGCACCAAAGGAAGGAACUAUUGGAUCAGUGUUCGCUAGAAAAAGAAGGGCAACUAAAUCACCUCCGGGCCCGGGACCAAGAACUCCACCUGGAUCACCUAAACCUGCCGUUAAAAGCUUCCAAGAGCUGGAUGAUGAUUACGCCAUGACUUGGCAGGGACAAGUCUUAUUGAAAAAAGCUGAAUAUAAUGUUCGAUUAUAUCGUAUUGCUGGAUCGGAAAAACUUUUGCAGAAAUUAUUAAGAGAUGAAGAUGGUAAUGCUGUGAAACUUCAUGUGACUCAAAGAUUAGCUUUGGGUAGUCAAGAAGCACUGUUGGAAAGGUUGACAAACACAUCUACCAAGCAAAUUGCAAUAAUGAUAGCAGUUGGAAAACAAUUAGACGAAUCUCGGCCACUCGUUCGUUAUUUAACGGAGAAAGAUGCAGCUGGCGUGGUUUCUAUUACUGAUGGUAUUCUUUACAUAUUUCCGUACAGCGAGAUGACACAACAAAUGCUGUUUCACUUCUCACCUCAUGUGAAAAUACUAACAGAAGGAUCGCCAUACUUGUUAUUUGUACUUGGGAUGAAAGCUCCUUCUGAAUCUUCUUCACCUCGCUGA